AUGAAAUCUAAGAAAGGGCAGGACACGAGUCUAUACUAUGAUUAUCAUAAAGACUCGGGCCACACCACAAACAAUUGCAUCAGUCUCCGCUUGGAGAUUGAUCGAGCCCUAAAGGAGGGGAAGUUGCAACACUUGUUGUCGAAUGCGCCAAAGCAAACAAAGCGCAUCAUUCCACACGACGAGGGCACCUCCAGUGGCAAGAAAGCCAUGUAUGUGGUGACCACUCACAUGGUUAGUGGAGGCCAAAGACAGCCGCGCAAAGCGGCAAGGAGAUGGGAGGAUGACUGGUGCGACGAGCAAGUCGUGUUCCCCAAUGUUCGAGACGGACCACGCGACAGGCGUGCCGUCGUAAUCACCGGUUACCUUGCACAUUACUGCACCAAGCGUCUAUUCAUAGACCCAGGCAGUACCUCCGACAUUAUUUACGAACAAUAUUUCAACCAAUUUGAUCAGGAGGUUUAG